GUUUUUGUUUUGGGUUGAAGUUGAGGCUGAGGAGAGAGAAGAGCUAGCGACGAGCAGUCGUCGCCGCCACCGCGGGAGGUGGAGGAGGCCCUGCCGGAGUCGAGAGGUCUCUCCUCGCCGCCGACGGCCCCUGCCCGCAGCUCCUCUGCCUCCUCUCGGUGCCGGAACUCCCGGGCCUGCCCGGGGCCCCCAGUCUUUGCACUCCGCACGCCGCAGCGCCCGGCCCCGGCCGCACCCGCCGGCCCCAUGAGGAGGGACGUGAACGGAGUGACCAAGAGCAGGUUUGAGAUGUUCUCAAAUAGCGAUGAAGCUGUAAUUAAUAAAAAACUUCCCAAAGAACUCCUAUUACGGAUAUUUUCUUUUCUGGAUGUUGUAACCUUGUGUCGCUGUGCUCAGGUCUCCAGGGCCUGGAAUGUUCUGGCUCUGGAUGGCAGUAACUGGCAGCGAAUUGACCUGUUUGAUUUCCAGAGGGAUAUCGAGGGCCGGGUAGUGGAGAAUAUUUCAAAAAGGUGUGGGGGCUUUUUACGAAAGUUAAGUCUUCGUGGGUGUCUCGGAGUAGGAGACAAUGCAUUAAGGACCUUUGCACAAAACUGUAGGAACAUUGAAGUACUGAAUCUCAAUGGGUGUACAAAGACUACAGAUGCUACAUGUACUAGCCUUAGCAAGUUCUGUUCCAAACUCAGGCACCUUGACUUGGCUUCCUGUACAUCAAUAACAAACAUGUCUCUAAAAGCUCUGAGUGAGGGAUGUCCACUGUUGGAGCAAUUAAACAUUUCCUGGUGUGACCAAGUAACCAAGGAUGGUAUCCAAGCACUAGUGAGAGGCUGUGGAGGUCUUAAAGCCUUAUUCUUAAAAGGCUGCACACAGCUAGAAGAUGAAGCUCUCAAGUACAUAGGUGCACACUGUCCUGAACUGGUGACUUUGAACUUGCAGACUUGCUUACAAAUCACAGAUGAAGGUCUCAUUACUAUAUGCAGAGGGUGCCAUAAGUUACAGUCCCUCUGUGCCUCUGGCUGCUCCAACAUCACAGAUGCCAUCCUGAACGCUUUAGGUCAGAACUGCCCACGGCUUAGAAUAUUAGAAGUGGCAAGGUGUUCUCAACUAACAGAUGUAGGCUUUACCACUCUGGCCAGGAAUUGCCAUGAACUUGAAAAGAUGGACCUGGAAGAGUGUGUUCAGAUAACAGAUAGCACAUUAAUCCAACUUUCUAUACACUGUCCUCGACUUCAAGUAUUGAGUCUGUCUCACUGUGAGCUGAUCACAGACGAUGGAAUUCGUCACCUGGGGAACGGGGCCUGCGCCCAUGACCAGCUGGAGGUGAUUGAACUGGACAACUGCCCCCUAAUUACAGAUGCAUCCCUGGAGCACUUGAAGAGCUGUCACAGCCUUGAGCGGAUAGAACUCUAUGACUGCCAGCAAAUCACACGGGCUGGAAUCAAGAGACUCAGGACCCAUUUACCCAAUAUUAAAGUCCACGCCUACUUCGCACCUGUCACUCCACCCCCAUCAGUAGGGGGCAGCAGACAGCGCUUCUGCAGAUGCUGCAUCAUCCUAUGACAAUGGAGGUGGUCAACCUUGGUGAACUGAGUAUUUAAUGACACUUCUAGAGUUACCAUGGAUCUCCAUUGGAAGCGACCCCAGUGUUCCGGGCAAAGGUUACAAAGUGAGGGCAGCGUCCAGAUCCCCAGAGCCACACAUACAUACGCAUACCCACUCUCACCCCCACCCACUCUGUCUCUGUGACCAGGGGAUUGGGUUUGUGCUGGCUUUAUCAUGUGGAUUGGUAAAACUUAACCAUUCCUGUUGGAUGUGCCCAGAAGAAAAUCAGAAGCAAGGUAGACGGAAGGGGGCAUUCCAGCAAACCCAGUGUUACUGCUACUGUGGUUUCUUUAUUUUGUUAAGGGGUUUCUUUGGCAGUUUUGGAACAGCAGCUGCAGUCCUCCAGGGUCAAGGAAAGCAUAGAAAAACAAUACAUGUUGUAUCCAGGGACCAGAGAGAAGAUUUCUUUGCAUCCUAUAAAUGGUAGCCAUCCAUUGUAAGAUGACUGCAGAGCUUCUGUGCUUCCUUGUUCCCAUGCCAACAUGCUGAGCAUGCUCACAAAGAAGGCUUGUCCAUUCCUCCUCCUGUGUUUUAGUAUUUGGCCCAGAGGUUUCCUAAAUGGUUGCAUUGAAAUCGCUGUGGUCCAAAAGUGAUGACGUAUUCACUCAAAUUGUCACUUUCUGUAGCACACUGUGUACCUGUCUUUCAUUCUCUGUUGCUUUCUCCUGCACUCUUUCUCAGUCUGUCAUCUGUGCAUAGUCUGCUUACUCACACUCAAUUGUUACUCCUUUGCUGUUGUUAUGUUUACAGUUUGCAUUUUGGGUGAUUAGUUGGGGUUACCAAACAUUUUUAAAAGAGACAUUAUCAAUAAAUAUUUUUUUAAUUCUAAGUUUUACCAUUAGGGGACCCUGCCUGAAUCUUUGCCAGUCUGAAGGGAAGCUAUAACAAAAGCAAGAAAAAUUAUGAGAAGAAAUUGAGCUAAGACUAUUUUGAUGAAAACAAACUUUGCCUUUUGGUUUCUGUUAUAUCUUGUAAUAAAUGAUAAUAUGCAUGAUACGCCCAGUAUUCCCCCUGCACAUUUUUCCUUCCAUCUAACUUAAUAAGGAGAGAGAAAUGCAUUAUUAGGAAAGGGUGGAAUGGCAGGUCCCAAAACUGAACCUGAGAGCUGCCGCCACCCAAGCUCAGAUGUGUUGUGUAUUCACCGAAAUCUAGGUGUGAUCAGUGGCAUCUAAGAUUCGUGUCUCUGAGGUUUGUUCUGCUUUAGCGGGAAUGCUGCUAGAGGAGUUGUGCAGUUGAGCCGGGUAGUUUCUCUUUUUCCCCCCCAUUUCAGGCUAUCAGGGGUUCAAGAAUGACCCUAUCACGGCUGGUCAACUGUAUGUCAGUGUUGAUGGUAUCUUAUCUAACGUUGGAGCCUCAAAGGACCAGAACCUGUCAGCCAUAUCUCUCUUGUGCUCCAGAGUUUCUGUGAAUGAAAUACUAUAGUAGCCAGGUGAAGGCAUUGGGGCAGCAGAAAGAGAACAUUGAGAGGAAGUAGGGGGUUCAGUGUCUCUUCCCAGCCUGGUCACCAGAACUGAGGGCAGGGAAUUUAGUGCCCAUGACUCAGAAAGAAGAAGCUCCCCCC